GAGGGGACAACAUGGCGGCCAACGAGGACCAUGUGUCUGUGGUUGUACUUGGAGGACGAGCAACAUUGCGGGUGUUUGCUGAGCCCGGGGCUGGUGAGCUGCCUACUCUCUACGACCUGCUGCCUGAGAGCAUGCAGAGGGCGCUGGACGGCCCGCCGCAGGUCGGCACCAAGCGGCGUCGGCGCGACCUGGCCAUGCAGCUAGCGGCUGCCGUGAAGGGUGGCGAAGGAGGCGGGACUGCCGAGGACCACGGCGGCGAAGCUGCCGAAGAAGAGAGUCCGGCCAGACGAAAGCGCCAGCGGCGCCUGGUGGACGAUGAGAGCUCGCCCGAGUCGUCCAUGGCCACACUCCCGUUUCCGCCUCUCUCGGACGACCGGCCGUCGCUGGACGACGCGCUCCGGUCGCCGUCACAGGACGAUGUGGCGUCACAAUCGCUGUUCUCGCCGGUCGCUGUGGCGGAUGCGGGUCGGGUUGCGGAUGAGUUUGAGGUUACCAAGUCGAUGGCGUCGGCGCUGGCCAAGGUAGAGCUUGAUGUCGGCCGCGAUCCGCCGUCGUCGCAGGAGUCGGACGGCUGGUCGACGCAAACAAUGCUGGCGUCGAUGGCUGCGAUGGCAAGUGGACCUGUCGAGGCGCGGGCGCGAAUGACCUUGGAGGAUGCUCCGUCUCCUGCACCUGUGUCUGCGCCUGCGGCGAUGGGUGGUUUUGCUACAGCCGGUGGUCGAGCCGUGGAGGCGUCGCCCGCUGCCCUCGCCCGUGCCAAGGGCCUGAUGGCCGGCAUCGACGACGCGCCGACGUCACCCACACCCACUGCCGCUGCCGCUGGUUUCUCCACGGCCGGUGGUCGAGCCGUGGAGGCGUCGCCCGCUGCCCUCGCCCGUGCCAAGGGCCUGAUGGCCGGCAUCGACGACGCGCCGACGUCACCCACACCCACUGCCGCUGCCGCUGGUUUCUCCACGGCCGGUGGUCGAGCCGUGGAGGCGUCGCCCGCUGCCCUCGCCCGCGCCAAGGGCCUGAUGGCGGGUGUGGAUGAUGCGCCUCUGUCUGCGCCUGCGGCGAUGGGUGGGUUUGCUACAGCCGGUGGUCGAGCCGUGGAGGCGUCGCCCGCUGCCCUCGCCCGUGCCAAGGGCCUGAUGGCCGGCAUCGACGACGCGCCGACGUCACCCACGCCCGCUGCCACUGUCGCUGGAUUCGCCACGGCUGGCGGCCGCUCGGUCAAGGCGUCGCCCGCUGCCUUCGCCCGUGCCAAGGGCCUGAUGGCCGGCAUCGACGACGCGCCGACGUCACCCACGCCCGCUGCCACUGUCGCUGGAUUCGCCACGGCCGGCGGCCGCUCGGUCAAGGCGUCGCCUGCUGCCUUCGCCCGUGCCAAGGGCCUGAUGGCCGGCAUCGACGACGCGCCGACGUCACCCACGCCCACUGCCACUGUCGCAGGAUUCGCCACGGCCGGCGGCCGCUCGGUCAAGGCGUCGCCUGCUGCCUUCGCCCGUGCCAAGGGCCUGAUGGCCGGCAUCGACGACGCGCCGACGUCACCCACGCCCACUGCCACUGUCGCUGGAUUCGCCACAGCCGGCGGCCGCUCGGUCAAGGCGUCGCCCGCUGCCCUCGCCCGUGCCAAGGGCCUGAUGGCCGGCAUCGACGACGCGCCGACGUCACCCACGCCCACCGCCACUGUCGCUGGAUUCGCCACGGCCGGCGGCCGCUCGGUCAAGGCGUCGCCCGCUGCCCUCGCCCGUGCCAAGGGCCUGAUGGCCGGCAUCGACGACGCGCCGACGUCACCCACGCCCACCGCCACUGUCGCUGGAUUCGCCACGGCCGGCGGCCGCUCGGUCAAGGCGUCGCCUGCUGCCUUCGCCCGUGCCAAGGGCCUGAUGGCCGGCAUCGACGACGCGCCGACGUCACCCACGCCCACCGCCACUGUCGCUGGAUUCGCCACGGCCGGCGGCCGCUCGGUCAAGGCGUCGCCUGCUGCCUUCGCCCGUGCCAAGGGCCUGAUGGCCGGCAUCGAUGAUGCGCCUGUGUCUGCGCCUGCGGCGAUGGGUGGGUUUGCUACAGCCGGUGGUCGAGCCGUGGAGGCGUCGCCCGCUGCCCUCGCCCGUGCCAAGGGCCUGAUGGCCGGCAUCGACGACGCGCCGACGUCACCCACGCCCACCGCCGCUGCCGCUGGUUUCUCCACGGCUGGCGGCCGCUCGGUCAAGGCGUCGCCUGCUGCCCUCGCCCGCGCCAAGGGCCUGAUGGCGGGUGUGGAUGAUGCGCCUCUGUCUGCGCCUGCGGCGAUGGGUGGGUUUGCUACAGCCGGUGGUCGAGCCGUGGAGGCGUCGCCCGCUGCCCUCGCCCGUGCCAAGGGCCUGAUGGCCGGCAUCGACGACGCGCCGACGUCACCCACGCCCACUGCCACUGUCGCUGGAUUCGCCACGGCCGGCGGCCGCUCGGUCAAGGCGUCGCCCGCUGCCUUCGCCCGUGCCAAGGGCCUGAUGGCCGGCAUCGACGACGCGCCGACGUCACCCACGCCCGCUGCCACUGUCGCUGGAUUCGCCACGGCCGGCGGCCGCUCGGUCAAGGCGUCGCCUGCUGCUCUCGCCCGCGCCAAGGGCCUGAUGGCCGGCAUCGACAGUACCCCGGCAACGGCGGCCCCUGUCGGCAGCUCUCCAUCCAACAUCGUCUCACCGCCCGAGUCGGAGACCCCACAACUGACCCGCCCGGGGCUCUCCAAGCUCGGCCUCUUUUCGCCAUCGACGAUUUCGCCGUACGCGGCGUCGCAUCGUGCGUCGCGGUCGAGUGCCAAGCAGACCGCACGCGAUCGCGCCCUCGCACGUUUUGUGCGCACCAAUUCUUCUGAGGGCCUCUCAUCGGGCGAGCCGGCUGAGCCCGAGUCUGACUCGCUCGCCGUCGUCCUCUUCCCGGACCUCCCGCGCUCGCCGCUUACCACGGAGCCGCGCGCUGCCACCGACGCCCGCCGUUCCGCCACGACGUCGACGCUCCCAGGCCCAAUCAAGACCAAACCGCGGAUCAAGCGGCCCAAGCCGGUGAAGCACAAGUUUGUCAAACCACCGCCGCCGCGCCCGUCGCUUUCAGCCAAGCCUAAGCCCAAGGACGCCAGCGGCGGCAUCGCCUCGGUCUACGACCUGGAGGCCCACGCAGCAGCCUCGGGCCCGCUCCCACCGGGCGUCGCGGCCAUGACCUUUGCCCUCGCUCCGCUGUACCAGUUCCCCGAGACCCGCGCCGCCGGCCAGCAGCCGGUCGACAUGCUCUACGACGCACUGAUUUCCCGCGGUGCGGUCGCCAAGCUGUUCUCCCCCGAGUGGGUCGCCAACCACGCCCGCCUCAUCAUCUGGAAGCUCGCCGCGCUCUGCCGCGCCUUCCCAAUCUCGCUCGGCGAGUCGUACUUUACCUACGAACGCGUUGUCAACCAACUCGCCUUUCGCUACGAGAAGGAGAUCAACUCGGCCCAGCGCUCGGCCUUCAAGCGCAUUCUCGAGCAGGACGACACUUCAACCCGUACCAUGGUCGUCGUCAUCACUUCGGUCAUCUCGGUCCCGAGCCUGCCGUCGCCGCGAAAACUCGCUCCCUCGCGCAACGCUGCCAUCGCCGCCCACUAUGGUGCCGACCUUGAUGGACGCCGUGCGCCGGGCUCCGGCUCGGGCGACGACGAGAGCGGCGAGGAGGCCGACACCGACAUCUACGCCGACACAGACGCGCUGCUCGCCUUUCUCGCCGCCCGCCCGGGUGCCAUUCAAAUCUCCGAUGGCUGGUACACCCUCGCUGCCUCGCUCGACCCGGGACUCACGCUCCGCCUCAUCCGCGGCCAGCUCUACCCAGGCCUCAAGCUCUGCAUGUCCGGAUGUGCCCUCAUUGGCGCCGACCAGGCGUGCUCCCCGCUUGAGGCCCCGCCGUCGGCUGCCUACCGCCUCACCACCAACUCGGUCCGCCGCGCCCGCUGGGACGCCACUCUCGGUAUCCACCCUGUUCCGGCCAUGACCAUCCCACUGGCAUCCAUUACGGCCGACGGCGGCCGCGUCCCUGCCACCGAGUUUGUCGUCCUUCGCGUCUACCCGGUGGUCUACCGCGAGAAGAUCCUCGACCCAUCCGUCCCGCUCCCGCCGCACCCGGUCUCCGGCGAUGACGACGAUGCCGACGCCGACAAGCCCGACCUGCCGACCAUCUCCAUCACACGCGGGCCCAAGGCUGAAGCCCGGAUUGAUCGUCGCUUUGCGCUCCGUCGCGAGCGGAGGACCGAGGAGCUCGUGGCGGUCGAGCAAGCGGUGCGCGACCCGCGGUCGGCGUCGUCGACUCCGGUCCGCGCCGGAUCAGCCUCCAACUUCCGGACCCCGACCCGCAAGCCCGACCCGAGCAUCCUUGAUGGCCGCGUCCUGCUCCAUGCCAUGCACGCCUCGCCCGAUCCGGCCGCCUUCUUCGCCGCCCUCUCCCCUGUCCAGCGGUCCAGCGUCGAGGCCUCGAUAUCCGGUGAGCGUGAGGAGACCCAGCGCGCAGUCAUGACAGUGGUCGAGAAGAAGCUCACUGCCGAGCGCCUUUUCUCACGCGACGUCACUCCAGUCCUUCGUCUCCUUGUCGCCGACGCCCGCAAGUACGCCGCCGGCGUUGUCUCAGACCCCGAGCUUGCACAGCCUUACCUUCCGUGCGCGCCCGACGAUGCGCUUGCAGUCAUCUCGGUCUGGGGGCCGACAGACGACAUCCUCGGCACCGUCGCCCGAGAAGGCGCGCAUGUCCGCGCUUACGGCCUCUCGCCGUCGCGGCCAUACCACCGUACUCCGCUAGCCACGCGGCUGCCGAAUCUCAACUGGAAUCGGUCGACCCGGUUCGAGGUCCUCGGCUCACUUGCCGACUCGCCGCGCUUUGUCCCGCGCGUUGCGGCUGUGCCCGCUGCCUUUCAUGACGCGCCACCGGCCCAUCUCCAGCGUGGCGAGGCGCGGACCGAGAUCCCGGCCGAUCUCGUCGGCGUCGUUGUCGGAGUCCAGCGCCUCGCUCCGCGCGGUGAAUCGGCUUCUCGGCUAGAGUUUGCCGCGCUCGGUGCACCGGCCCCGCCGCCGGCCUCGCCGUCCAAGUCGGCCACCGGCGGAACCGACUCGUACCAUCUGUACUUUGCCACCGUCACCGGCGCGCUGGUCCUUGUCCAGUGCUACGGCUCGCACGAUGCCUACGCCUUUGACGAACUCCGUGACGUCGCCGCAUCCGGGCCGCGCCGCGGCGGCACACCGUACGUCGUCCGCAACGCCGUCUUUGUCGCCCACGAUCCGUCGUUCAACCUUACCAUCUUUGAGGCGACCCAGGUGACAACAGUCUCUAAGACCGUGCCGGCUGCCUACCGCCCUGCUACCGCCGCCCUCACGGCCUGGAUCGCCUCGACUGGCUUUGAGGCCUCAGUCGGCGUCGCCCGCCGUCGGGUCACCACCAUCGUCCGCACCGGCGCUCCGCCCAUCUCGCUCUCCGGCAAGCUCUCCGCCAUCAACUGGUUGUUUGCCGACAACGCGCCCGGCAUCGCGGUCGCCGGCACUUGGGUCGGCAUCGCCGGCGACGUCCUGCACUCAUGGCUUGCCGGCCUUCUCGCCCUUGGCCUCGCCGAUGCUCUCGAUUGGACUCCACCGUCAGGUCUCGGAGGCAACGCCGGCCUUGGCGCACGCAAGCGCCAAUCCGACGACACCGCCUCGCUCGCCCGCCACAUCGACGACGCCAUCGCCUUGGCUGCAGCCGCUACCUCUGCCCAGCCUGCUCCCGCAUCGGUGCCUGCUUCCCUGGGCCUCCAAAUCGAGGCCUUUGCCCGCACCGUCGUCACCGAUGUCAUCGUUGAGACCGGAGGCGUCAUGGCUCGGGCACUUGCUGCUGCACGCCACGCUGUCCAGGCGAGUACAACAAACCGCUCGCAGAGCCCGCGGGUGCAGGACCGGUUGGUGCUGGGGAGGAGCACCUGGGGCCAGCCACAGGCCCGGUCCGAGUGGGAGAGCCAUCCUCAGCUGCUAGACCGACGGGCGGCAACGGUGGCCGGCGCCGGCAUGUAUGCCAGGGACGAUUGGGAGGCCGCGGCAACGGUCGAGGCAACCGGAUGGAACGCUGACGGCCUGGGCGUCGGCCUCGCGGCCUCGGUCCGCCGCGACGUUUUCGCCGAUCUCAGCGUCGCCGUCGACACGUCGCCGGUCGGGCUUGCCGCGCUUCAGCACCGCCACUCACAGCUGCGAACGGUGCAAAAGACCCGGUUCAAAGAGGUGCUGAUGGCCGAGCACAUGGCGGCACGGAUUGCGCGCGCCCGCAAAGCCGAUGCCCACGUCCACGCCGCACGCUCCGCCGUCGCGCGCAAGCUUCGGAUGGAGGAGAUGCGCCGGCGGACCGAGACCGCCAAGCUGAUUGCUGCCGGCCGCGCUGAGCGGGCCAAGGCUGCUGAUGCCGCUGCCGCUUCUGCUGCUGCUGCUGCUGCUGCCGAGGCGAAAGCGGACGCUGAGCGGGAAGCCCGUGAGCUUGAGCUCGCCAUGCGGCCGCUCUCCGAGUGCGAUCCGUACGACAUGCUGUUGCGGUCGCGAGCGUCCGACAGCUCGCUUAGCCGGCAGGCGUCAGAGGAUCCAGCAACAAUGUGGGCGCGUGGCCUGUACGGCGGGGACGAGGGUUGCGAGAGCGAUGACGACAGGUACGACGGGGAAGCGUCGCUGUCGUGGAUGGAGCGCCGCAAGCUGCGGCGGGUGCGCAAGGACGCGCUGGCGCAGGCUGCCGCCGCCGCCGAGGCAGCGGCCGCUGAGAAUACUGCAGCACGCGCAGCUGAGAUUGCGGUCAAGCGCGAGCGGCUGCGCGUGGCACGCGCUGCUGCCCGUGCCGCAUUUGAUAACGCCGACGCGAUCGGGAGCGCCGGCGACAGCUUUGGCUCGGUGACUUCCGCCGAUCCUGUGGUGGCUGCUUUUCGCGGCUACGCGCUUGGCGCGCGCGACGAGGGCGGACCGCCGCCAGCGCUGUUUUACCUUGCGCUCGGCGCGUUGCUUGCCGGUGACCGCGCAGCUGUAGGGAGCGCAGAUGUGGCAACGAAGCUGCAUCUGCUGCGGUACGUGCUCGACCACGAGGCGUACGUCGACUCGGGCUUGCGGAUCCAAUUCCAGGCGGACGCAGAGCUGCUUGCGGCGUUUGCCUCGUUUGUGGGCUACAUGUCGGAGAAGAACGUCGAGGUGAGUGCGGCGUUUGGACGGCGGUGGGCGCGGCCACCGCCGGCGCUGCCUGCACCGUCCCAGGGCGCGCGGGCGCAGCUGGCCGAGCCGGCGUCGCGCUGGCCGGCCCGCCGAGCAUGCGACUACAUCUCAGACGCGGACAUUCUGGAGGUGCACUCGUACCGGCGGCCGCCAGUCUUUGUGGAGCACGUGUGCCAGGCGCUGUGCAUCCUCCUCCGGCGACCGAUCUCGCAGGCACGCAAGGUGCAGCACUCGGUCCAGCUCCUGCACGCGCUCGACGGGCUCUCUCCAGAAGUCCUCACUCUCGGCGACGUGCGGCGGCUGUACCGGCUUGUGGGCUCGGAUGAGUUUUCGCCGGCGCUCGGCGCCGAGGUUGCCGCGCCUGUGGCGCGCAUGGUCGCCUUUAUCUGCGACGUCUUUGCGUACAUGGUCCGCUACCACGAGGCCGCCAUCGGCAGCGACGACGGCGUCAUGGCCGACCGCCUUGCCUUUGAGCGCCAGCAGAAUCAGCUGGUCAUGCAGAAGCGGCAGCUGAUCAAGGCGCAGAACUUGCUCGCCAACCUCCUCACCACCACCAAGUACGACUCCGUUGAUGACGAGUUCUUUGCCACACUCGCCCGGUGAGCCAUCUCUCUCUCUCUCCCUCUCUCUCUCUCUCUCUCUCUCUCU